AUGGCGAGUAGUUAUUUAGCAUCUGGUACAAAUGAUGAUUCGAUAAGUUUAGUUAAGAAAUUAUAUCAGCAAGGUCAGGAAGCAGAAAAACUACAACUACCAUACUUUUUGCCUUAUAAGUCUCUUAGUAAAAUGACCGUUAAAUCUGCAUUCAAUGAUGAAUAUUUAUCAAAUACAACACCAUUUUCUACUGCUAGCCAUCGAUCACGUCUUACCAAUCCUCAUCGAAUUGACAUAUUUGCGAGACAUCGCGAAUGGUCAGCCUUUAUGUCAAGAAAUAAUAACACUUCUAUGGUUCAUACUAUGACACAAAAAACUCCCGUUAAACAGUCAAAAGCUAAAUCACUGAUUGGUUUGAAAUCGAUUUCAUUGAGAGAAAUAAAUCCAACAAAAGAUCAUGUCUAUCAUGGAUACGUUCUUUUUGUAACAAUUAUUGACGAAGCUCUUAGUUGGAGACCAUCCAUUCAUCUUGUGAUUGAAGAUGAAAAUCAUGAUUGUGAUCAUAUGAUUGUUUACGACUUUAAUGAGACGCAAGGCGAAUAUUUAAUCAAUGAAGUAUUUAAAAUUGGAACGAGAAUGCAUAUUAUAAACCCAUAUUUACGAAUAGGUGCCAAUGAUGGAAAACCUUUUAUUCGUGUCGAUGAUUUUUCGUCAAUCAUUUUCAAAAAUGAAUCAGAACGAGUGGCUUUUCCUUCAUAA